UUUCAAAAAAUGGGGGAAAAAUGAAUGUUGAAGGUAAACGAAGAAGCGUUCGAUCUUGAAGGGGAGAGCGCGGAUCUUCGUUCCUGAACGAUUUCGAUUUCGAUUUCAGAUUUUCUUUUUCCAUUUUUUCCUCUUAAUUUUAGUCAUGAUUCUCGUCGAUCUCUGAUCUCCUUUUCUCUGUACAGGAGAAUUAGAUUGAGAUUACAAGAAUUUCUCUCCCUUCGAUACUGUCUUGUAAUUGCAGGUUGCGGAAUGGGGACUGGUGAAGAAGCAGCUUCCCUUGCUGCUCAUGAUUCGGAAGUAUCCAUUUCAGAAUUAUGUCGGAAGCACAAACAAGAUCUUGACAAUUUGACAAUGGUUAAUCAACCAUUCAAAACAUUGAAGUUUUUCACUUUGGGUGUUCUUCAAUAUGGUAAACACUCGAUAGCUUACAUUUUAGCUAAAGGUGGUUGGCUUUUGCUUUUAAACUUGAUUAUUGGGGCAGCUGGAAUUCUGGUUUUGACAAUUGAAGGGCCACAUGAGAAGCAUGUGGAGGAGAUUGUAAAAUACUUUGACUACGGAUUGUGGUGGGUGAUCCUGGGAGUUGCAUCAUCAAUUGGACUUGGGUCUGGCCUGCAUACUUUUGUGCUUUAUCUGGGGCCUCAUAUUGGGUUUUUCACGAUAAAGGCAGUGCAGUGUGGGCGAGUGGACUUGAAGAGUGCUGUUUAUGACACAAUACAAUUGAAAAGAGGUCCAUCAUGGCUUGAGAAGGAUUGCUCAGAAUUUGGACCUCCAGUUUUCACAUCACAAGUCCCCCUCAGUAGCAUAUUGCCCAUGGUUCAGAUAGAGGCAAUUCUCUGGGGUAUUGGGACUUCCUUAGGAGAGCUUCCUCCUUACUUCAUCUCAAGGGCGGCACGCCUCUCUGGUAGCAGAUCAGAAGCAAUGGAAGAACUAGAUGCCUCUUCAAGGGAAACUAAUGGACUCAUUUCAACAUAUUUAAACAGAAUCAAGCGAUGGUUCCUUUCACAUGCUCAACAUUUAAAUUUCCUUACUAUUCUACUGCUUGCUUCGAUUCCAAAUCCUCUGUUCGACUUAGCUGGCAUUAUGUGUGGACAAUUUGGAAUUCCUUUCUGGGAAUUCUUUUUUGCUACGCUGGUUGGAAAAGCUAUUAUUAAAACUCACAUUCAGACCAUUUUCAUCAUUGCUGUUUGCAACAAUCAACUUCUUUAUUGGAUAGAAAACGAAUUAUUAUGGAUACUCAGCUUUGUGCCUGGAUUUUCAUCUAUCUUGCCCGGGCUGGUUGCCAAGCUCAACGCAGUUAAAUCUAAGUAUCUGAAAGCACCUUCUCAAGUCGCGGCUAAUGCCAAGGCCAAGAAAUGGGACUUUUCGGUUUCUUCCAUCUGGAACACUAUAGUAUGGCUCAUGAUCAUGAACUUCUCUAUCAAGAUUAUGACUUCAACUGCCCAAAGGUACUUGAAGAAACAGCAAGACGAGGAGCUGGCCGCCAUGACCGACAAAGUUUCUGCAUCAGCAUGCUCGAAUUAACCCGACCCUAAUGCUCUCUCUCCUUUCAUCCUUAUAACCAAGAUUUAGCAUAAGUCCCACCGGUUCGCCUUCUGUUAGAAAGCUGUAUAGAAUAGGAAGGCAUUUUGGAGAAGAGCAAAGUUACAAGCUAUACAUGAUUAGGAAGGCAUUUCUUUGGGUAAUUAUAUUAACUUACCCGCUCUUAACCAUUGGAAAAAUGCACCAUUAUUCUUUCUUAGUCUCAGACAUAUAUGACUCAUUACUUGAAUUAUGAUGGCUCAUCACUCAUUCUAA